UUGUUCUUUCAUAUGCACAUGAAUUAUUUAACGUUAGCGCAAUCGCGAUAUGCUGUUUAAAAGGUAUAGCAAGGCACAACAUUUAAAGGACUUGUAAAAUCUAAAGGACUUGUAAUGGAGAGGAUAAUCAUUUCUGAAGUUGAUUCAAGCAACGCAGGAUUGCAGCAUGAAACUGAGAUAGAAAACAAACUCAUUAGUGGCAUAUGUUGUUGAUACAUGCAUUCGUCUUAACCAUUCAUGAUAUUAUUCUAAACUGUUAAAUUUUGCAAUGAACAACUUAAAGCUGUAGUAGAUCAUUAGCGAAUGCAGCUGUUUAAAACGAAGUCAACGGUACAGCGCAGCUUCAAUCACCACUAUCUUGAAACAAUUGGAACCUUGAUUCAGACUUGUGACAGUAGGAAGUGUUCAUUUACAUACGUCCGCAAAUGAUACAUCGGACAGUUGAAAAAGUGUGACCAUCUCUGGGCUCGGGGCUGAGACCAGCGGACCACCCACGAACCGUCCUUGAAACAUGGCAGUGACGGGCGAGCCGGGAAUACAGCAUUGGGCGGACAUUCUAAUCAUCGUCGUCUAUUUUAUAAUUGUCCUGGGUGUUGGCCUCUGGACGCUGGUUCGUCCACACCGGGGCAAUGUGGAGAACUACUUCCUGGCGGGAAGGAAUAUGCCCUGGUUUGCCGUCGGAGCGUCCCUGUUCUCCAGUAACAUUGGUAGUGAGCACUUUGUGGGGCUGGCGGGAGCGGGGGCGGCGGCCGGGAUUGCGCUCAUCCUCUUUGAGUGGUUUCCCAUCUUCCUGAUACUGCUGCUGGGUUGGGUGUUUAUUCCUGUGUACGUUUCUGCAGGGGUCUACACACUACCGGAGUACAUAGAGAGGCGGCACGGGGGCCACCGGAUCCGCCUCUACCUCAGCUGUGUCUCCAUUGUCCUGUACGUCCUCACCAAACUUGCGUCGUCCAUGUUCGCGGGCUCGCUGUUUAUCCAGAUGGCGCUACAGUGGAACACGUACUUGUCUCUGGCCGUCCUGUUGGCAAUAACAACACUAUACACCAUGCUGGGCGGGUUGACGGCGGUCAUGUACACGGACACGUUCCAGACGGUCGUCAUGGUGAUCGGCUCUACCGUCGUCAUGAUCCUCAGUUUCAUCAAAAUCGGUGGAUAUGCCAACCUCGAGCGGCUGUAUUUCAACGCGGUCGCCAGCGUUCGUAGCGAUAACGCGAGUACGUGCGGGCUACCUCGCGCGGACGCGUUCCACGUCUUCCAGGACGCGGUGACAGGUGACCAGCCUUGGCCCGGCCUUGUGCUGCAGGCAUCCCUCGGAUGCUUGUGGUACUGGUGCUGUGAUCAGGUGAUAGUUCAGCGGUCAUUGGCGGCGCGGUCCCUGACGCACGCAAAGGGCGGCUCCAUGUUGGCAGGGAGCCUCAAGAUCCUGCCCCUCUUCCUUCUCAUCUUUCCCGGCAUGAUUAGCAGGAUCCUUUACCCUGACGAUGUUGCGUGCGUGGAUCCAAAAGUGUGCCAGACAGUAUGUGACAACCCGGCAGGCUGCAGCAAUAUCGCAUACCCAAAACUCGUGCUGGAGCUGCUUCCUGUAGGGGCACGGGGCCUGCUUAUGGCGGUGAUGUUGUCCGCCAUUAUGUCAUCGUUGACCUCCAUUUUCAACUCGGCGUCCACCGUGUUCACCAUGGAUAUCUGGCGACGCGUCCGCCCUAACGCCGCCCAGAGGGAGCUGCUCAUCGUCGGCAGGUUGUUUGUGUUGGUGAUGUGCGUGUUGGCGAUCCUCUGGGUUCCCAUGGUGAAAGCGUUCCAGGGCGGCCGACUGUUCUCCUACAUGGUGGCGGUCGAGGGUUACAUUGGCUCCCCGCUCGGUGUCCUCUUCUUGCUGUCCAUCUUCUGGCGGCGAACAACGGAGGCGGGAGCAUUUUUCGGGCUGGUUCUGGGCCACCUGCUGGGCGUAUCGCGGCUCGUGGUGGAGCUGGUGUAUCCGGCGCCCCCGUGCGGCGAGAUGGACACCCGGCCCCACUUCCUCUCCCGUCUCCACUUCACGUACUUUGUCCAGAUCCAGCUUCUCUUCACGGGCGUCAUGAUCGUCGCCAUAAGCGUCUGUACCAAGCCCCGCUCACCCCACCAGCUGGAGGGAGUAACUUGGUGGACGAAAAUAACCGCGACAGCAGACGAUGAUAAUGACAUGGAGAUGUCAGAGAGCUACUCUCAUAACACCCGGAAACCCCAACUUUCAGAAAUCGCUAAAGACCCACCUCUUUUGUUGCGGGUAGAAAGCCGAGUGGGCGCGCGCACCAGUUACGCGAGAACUGUUCUGGAGCGAAUAAAGAUGGCGGUGUGUGGAGUAACAGACGAUAGUCAAGCAGACGAGAAAAUUGUUGUGGAACAUAUCAAAACGUUUCUGUACCAAACCAGCACGGCAAAGAACGUCCUGAAUGCCUCCGCCAUAGCUCUUGUGGUCGCAGUGGCGUUUUUGACAGGAUUUUACCACUGAACCACGUGCUGGCCUUGGAAAUCAGACGUUAACACCAUACGCAUAUCACAUCCAUUCUCAUUCAUUGAUAACGAUAAAUCUAACUCAUAGCAUCAUCCCUCUUGUGUACGAGAAUGAUCACAGUCAUCGUGAUUGUGUAUGUUCAUAUGGUAUUUAAAAUAUGCGCCAUUAUGAUCAUGAAUUAUUUUAUUCAGUCAAAGGUUAAUAAG